CAGAUUUAGAGAUCACUAUGGCUCCUAAGAUGACUCUCUUUGCCCUCGAGAUGGUCUUCCUGUUGGCUCUCGCAAAUGGAAGCCCUGAGGCCGAACCGGGAUACCGAAGCUAUGGCUAUGGACACGGCGGGGGAUACGGACACAGGAGCUACGGAUACGGACACGGCGGCGGCGGAUAUGGCCACAAUAGCUACGGUUAUGGCCACAAUAGCUACGGACAUGGAGAUGGACAUGGAGGGUAUGGGUAUGGAUAUGGUUAUCACUGAGUGUUGGCGAUUUCAUUUCUCUUCGUUCUUCAUCGCAUCGUAUUUUGUAUCAGAGUUUGCGUUGUAACAGCGUAUUUAUGUAUUUACAAAAAUGAUCGAUUCGCUCUGUACGCAUAAAAUACAG